AUGUAUAAACAAUUGCUCUAGUUAAAGAUGAUUCCGUUUUUAUUUGCAAAUAAAGUUAGCAAUUGCAAUAAAUACACUUGUGAUUACAUGCCAACCUAAACUGAAUGUGAAUCUUAAAUAAAAAGUAAAAGGUCUUAUUUCUUAAAUAAUUCCUGUAUUUCUACUAAUGAUUGCUCAAAAAUACCAAUAUAUAAUAAAGCCUUGUUUUUUUUUUCUGGAUUAAUUAAAUGGUGUAAUUCAUAUAAAUUCUAAUAGAAAACAACUAUAAUUCUUUAAAUUUCGUCAUUAAUAUUUUAAUUUGGAAAAAUAUUUUCAGGUAGUGUUUGA